AUGGCGCCGCCGCAAGACGAAGACAUGCAGGACCUCACGUCCUCUGAGAGCGAGGAUCAGUUCGACUCGGAAGAUGAGGUUCCAAAGCAAAAACCGACCGUCGCCCUCUACGACAAGGACUCGGACGAGGAGGAGCUGGAGCGACUAGUCCUCGGCAACAAGGCGAGCUUCCGGGCGCAAUUGUUCAAGGAUGACUGGCUUUUCGACUCCAGCAAAGAAGCAGAGGGCAAAGAGCUUGAGCUUGUGGGGCAGGACACUGCUGGGCUGGAGGAUGUCGACGAUGCGGAUCUUUUCAUGCUCGACACGGGCUCCGGGCCAGCUGCAGGCGCUGAAGUCACCAAGUCUACGAAGCCUGUAGAUGGCAACGCCCCCGCUUGGGAAGAUAGCGACGACGAACGAUUGGUCAUCUCUCUCGCCGGAGCCACGCGCCUACGAAAGCUGCGAUUAACGGAGGCCGAAGACCUCGUCAGCGGAACCGAGUACAGCAGAAGAUUGCGACAGCAGUACCUCCGACUGAACCCAGCGCCGGCAUGGGCCCGCGAAGCAGACGGACGACCUAGCAAGAGGAGACGACGGUCCUCUGCCGCUUCCGAUUCUUCAGAUGCCGAUAGCGAUUCCGACUCUGAGAUCUCUGCCCAGCCCCUCGAGAAGUUUCUCCGCGACGUCAACCGCCUGGCUGGAGCUGGAUCGACAAAGAAGCGACGACUACGACCCGAAGUUAUCGACAUCCAGAGGACGAGAGAGAUUCCAGACCAGCACAAGGCCCCUGUUACCUCCCUCUCCUUCCACCCAGAGUACCCAGUCCUCCUGUCGUCAAGCACAGCAUCUGUUCUGUACCUUCACCACAUCGCACCCUCUGCGCAUCCCACGCCUAAUCCCCAGUUGAUGUCGGUACAAGUCAAGCAGGUUGACGUGCGAAGGGCCGAGUUCAUGUAUCCCAAGGGCGACAGGGUGUUUUUCGCUGGACGACGGAAAUACUUCCACCACUGGGACCUGCAGUCGGGCACGGUGCAAAAGACGACGCAGAUUCUCGGCCACCGACUGGAGCACAAGACCAUGGAACGAUUCAAGCUCAGCCCUUGCGGUAGAUAUAUGGCGAUUGUGGCUUCCACCAAGAAGGGCGGUGGUAUCAUCAACGUCAUCAGCACGACAUCAAUGCAGUGGAUCGCCGCUGCCAGACUCUCGAGUGUCAACGGCAUUGCUGAUUUUGCUUGGUGGAGCACUGGGGACGGAAUGACCAUCCUGGGCAAGGACGGACAGGUUGGCGAGUACAGCAUGGAAAGCCGUUCUUUCGUGGGUGUCUGGAACGACGAGGGUUGUGUUGGCGGUAUCGUCCUGGCUCUCGGCGGCCACCAAGGCCCGACGAAUCUGGGCGAGGAUCGUUGGGUUGCCAUCGGUUCCAACAGUGGCAUCACAAACAUCUACGACCGAACCGAGCUUAUCGUUCCCAACGCAGAGGAUCUUACCAUCAAGGAACGGCCGACACCCACCCGAGUCUUUGAGCAGCUCGUCACCCCCAUCACACACAUCGCCUUCUCCCCUGAUGGCCAGCUCAUGGCCUUUGGAAGCCAACACAAGAAGGACGCGCUACGACUGGUGCAUCUGCCGAGCUGCACAGUCUACCGUAACUGGCCCACGGAGCAGACACCUCUUGGUAGAAUCUCAGCGGUUGCUUUUGGACGACAGAGUGAUUUGCUGGCGGUUGGGAACGACACGGGUAAAAUUCGAUUGUGGGAGAUUAGGAGUUAG